AUGGCAGCUCGGCAGAAGGCCGCAGAUGAAGACUCAGACCUGAGCCCGCUGGAGGGGGACAGUGCAGAGGAGCUGGGUGUGCUGGACCCGGAACUGGAAGCCAUCAAGGCCAAAGUCCGUGAGAUGGAGGAGGAGGACGAGAGGCUCAAGGAGCUGCAGGCUGAGGCCAAGAACCACCUCAUCCUGAGAUCGCAGGCAGGUAUUCCCUUUCCUAGGACAGCAGAGGAGAAAAUCGAGGCUGAUCAGAGAUCCAUCUACGUGGGCAAUGUGGACUAUGGUGGAACAGCAGAAGAGUUGGAGUCCCAUUUCAAUAGCUGUGGGCAGAUCAACCGAGUGACCAUCCUCUGUGAUAAAUUCUCCGGACAUCCCAAAGGGUAUGCAUACAUUGAGUUUGAGGACAAGAGCUCUGUGAAGGCAGCGGUGGAGCUGGACGAGAGCAUGUUCAGAGGCCGGGUCAUCAAGGUGCUGCCCAAGAGGACCAACAUGCCAGGUAUCAGCACAACUGACCGUGGGGGCUCGAGGGGCCGUUUUCCAAGCAGGGGGGGCCUGUCGCAAAGGGCGAACGUCUACGGAGCGCUGAGAGCAAGACCCCGAGGGAGAGUGUACAGGGGUCGUGGCAGGUUAUCGCCGUGGUACUCUCCCUACUAG